GCUUUCAACAUGCUGCUGGAUCAGAAACAGGCGAACAGUUUCAAGACGUCCCCCAAACAAAUAUUUGAUGAGGAUGCAGACAGUUGUGGCGCGAGCUCUAUGGCGUCUACAAUGAUAUCAGCCAAGAAACUUUUUGUUGAUUUACCAGACAGGGAGAUGGCAGCAGGUAUAAUGGGGACACAGGAUAAUGCCAAGUGGAGGACGUCCUUGUGUCACAUCCCAUACUCGGUCACACGUCAAUUAAUGCUCUCACUGGAUGCCUUUCAAGGAUUUGAAACACUCGCGGCUGCUGUAGGUUACACCUCAGAGAAAAUGCAGUUGCUGACCCUGGAACUCCACAAAAGUGAAGGGAGCCCCACCCGCACCCUGUUGUGGGACUUGGGCUGCCAGAAUUACAAAGUCAGGGAUCUUUAUGAGAAGCUGAGAUUAGCAAACAGGCAGAGAGAAAUGUCUAUUUUGGAAAAUUAUGUGGCCACAGAAGAGAAGAAGUCUUUGCCUUCUGCCUCAGCUUGUGGGUUCUCUUCCUUGCCCAGACAUUCAGGCUCUGGACCUGGGACAGACAUGCAGAGCAUCUUCCCCUAUCUCAGCAUGCAGGAUCCCCAGUCAGGGAAAGGGUUUGGCCCGCCGGGAAGUGCCAACAACUUCAACCACAUGUCUGGGAUGGACAAAGCUGCUGCGGUCAACACUGGGAUGAGAAAGCAGUACGAUGACAAGGUCAUACCUGGCACAGAACCUCACGCACUCGCUCUGGUCAGCGGGUCAUCCAAUGGAGCUGUGGGCGGGUACCACAGUGGGUCCAAUGACUCACAGUACGCUAUGCCCAUGGAGUUGCCACAGAGGCUGGGACCUCCGUCUGAGACUUCUGACCACCUCUCCGACAGUAGCCGCCCGUCCCUUGCUUCCACCUUCCAUGUGCCGGAGAUGCAGGGGAGUAGUGGGGGCUCUGUCUCAAUGCCCAGUAGCGGAGUGGAGAAAAUUCAACAGCUGCUGAGAGAGGAGAGCCAGUCUUCUAGUGCCAGCGGUAGUGGUGGUGGUAGCAGUCAGUCCCAGAGGCUUGACCACACCAUCUCUACCUCCAGCAGUCACUCACAAAGACUGGACAGCGUCUUUACGGGCGCCAGUCAGUCCCAGAGACUGGACAGUGCCUUCAUGUCGGACAGCGGUCGGCCUCAGAGAGCAGACAGUACCGUGUCCACCACCAGCAGCUCCAGCGAGGCAGACUUUGCCCUGUCUGUUAAGACGACAUUCUCCCACAGCGAUUUGGUCCAGGCUACCGGGGGAUUCAGCGAGAAGAAUCUGCUCGGAGAAGGAGCGUUUGGGACUGUGUAUCGGGGACACUUGAGGCAUCUGGACUGUGCCGUCAAAAUACUGAAAAAGACUGAAGAGAAGCCGACAGACAACUGCAGUCAGUUGCGGAGUGAGUUGACCACACUGCUCAAGUACCAACAUGAGAACAUUGUGACACUCUACGGCUAUGCCCUGGAUGGCCCUGAUCUCUGUCUGGUCUACCAGUAUCUGGAGAUGGGAUCCUUGGAGGACAGGCUUGGACUCAAAGACGGCACAGAUCCACUGAGCUGGGAACGCAGAAUGAACAUCAUUGUUGGGGCAGUAACUGGACUCAACUUUCUGCACAAGUUUGGCAAACAGCCGCUUAUUCAUGGAGACAUCAAGAGCGCAAACAUUUUGCUGGACAAAUAUUGUGAGGCAAAGAUCGGUGACCUGGGUCAGGCGUCCUAUGCUACGAAAAACUCUGGGGGUGACACGAAAGGUUUCACCCACUUCACCAAAGCUGACACAAAGACCAAACAGUUUGGGACCCAGGCCUAUCUGCCCCAUGAUGUCAUCGGCAGUGGAAGGCUGUCUAUCAACAUCCAGUCGGAUAUCUUUGCCAUGGGUGUGGUUUUCCUCGAGGUGCUCAGUGGCCUGAAGGCUUAUGAUCCUGAUCGAGGUGGAGGCCACUUCUUGGCCGCCUAUGUGAUAGACUGCAUCCAGAGCAAGUAUGAUGAAGGUGAAUGGCAGGCUGAGUUUCAGGACAAGAGAGCGGCCAAUGACAUGUCAGCGGAACUCUUCAUCUCUUGUAUGAAAUUGGCCAAAAAAUGUACAGCCCAGAUAAAGAAGGCCAGGCCAACCAGUGAGAAGUUGUUGGAGAGUGUGAAGGAGCUUUACAAAAAGUUCUGUGAAGUUUCAAGAGAGCUCCGAAGACAGUAUUCUGAUGUGAGUACGGAUUCCUCGGGACCUACCAGUUCCAUGCAGAUCAGCUCCACGGACUCGCUGUACCAGCACCAGAGCUGUGAGAGUGAGCUGGGAGUGGUCAGUUGUGGGCCCACAUCGUCCACCCCCACCCCUCUGCACAUGAGCCUCCCACCCCAGUCCUCCAAUGUUUCCCAGCUCCAGUCUCAACGUUCUAUGCCAUAUCGCUCGGCUCAUUCAUCCUUACCAUAUUCCCCCCCAAUGCCUGGAUCCUCUUACUCUCCUCACGGCAAUUCUGUCGAGCGCCUUCAACAGCAAAGGUUUCAACAGUUUCAGUCUGUGCAUACGGAACAGUCUGGCAAGUUUCCUCAAACGAACUCUCAGUUGUCUUCGUCGUCGCCCCAGCAUUUUGCCCCCAGUGAUGUGUCUCAAUCGAUGGUGCCGCCGCCCCAUCAGAGAGGACUUCAUCAUCAGCCUGUCGGUGCGGGCAUGGGAAAUGUGGGGCCCACGGCCGGCCCAUUACUGCACCAGAUGGAACCGCAGUCUGAAGCAUUGCAACUGCAGCGUAUGUACGACAUGCAGGAACAGAAGAAGAAGAUAGACAGCCUCCCCGACCUUUCUGGGGUGACCCCACAACCCAACCCCCACAACUCUUCCUCUUCUGUUGCUCCUUUAGGCCACUCUCAAACACCCUCCUUUGAUGAACAAAACGUGCCGGUGACUUCGGAGCAGGCAGAUAGUUUAUUCAUUGACCAUCCCACAGAUCCCAAAAAGCUCGAGUAUAUUCGAAAUUGGGAUGGGAAUGCCUACAAAAAUGAACCAGAUCCUCAGAGUUACAAUCAUACUGGUUCAGUGAAUGUCGCAUCUCCUCCUUCCAUGGUGAAAGGAAAUGUUGAGUCUGUGAGAUAUAACACAGGACAUGGGUGUGAUAGUUCCACCUGUGAGGAAUCUGUUGGACAAGAGUCACCUUUGGGCGCUCGUAGAGAGAGUGACGUGGACAAUAAUGCUCUAGGAAUUGGCCACGGUGAUGUGGACAGCUCAGAAGUCGACUCCUCAAGUUCUGUGACAAAAAAGACGAAUCCUUUCUUUAGCAGAUACAAACUGGAGCGUGAAACUCUGUCUCAAGAAAAUGAAUUAGAUGAUGAUGAUAACGACACGUGAUCAAUUGAGUCGAGUGAAAAAAGUUAAACUAGAAAUGUCCUGUCCAGUCCACUCAGUUCAAGACUGCAAAAUUAGUUUUUAAUUAGAAUCUGAAAUCAUAUUUUUAUUCUAGGGCAUAAAAAAAAAAUACUUGACCUAAAAAGAAAGCAAAGUUGUUUUAUCAGUCUCUUGAGAAGAGAAAGGGAAUUUAUUUUAUAUAUAUCUAUCUUUACUGCAAACUGUCUUGUCAGAACUAAGGACUGAAAAUGAAAAUGGACUAACAGUACACUUGUGACCAGAUCAAGUCUAUGAAUGUUAUUGGAUUUGGAAAAAUGUUUACUGUGAAAUAAAGAUGUUCUUCCUUGUAGGGAAACAAGGAAGAUUGCAGCUUGGUGUCAUCUUUCAUCGCCCCUACCUUCUCUCAUAUCAUCUCCUGUUAGUGGCCAGCUUUUCCUAAAGUGAAAGCAACAUGGUACCUCCUUCUGUCCCUUUAGUUGGACUGAUCUAUUUGUUCCAUCUCUUCACAUACUUGUAUUCAGUAGUUGUACUGGUUACGGUAUCUCUGUGUCUGUUAUGUUCAUGCUAUUGGAAGGUAUCACUGGUGGGUCAAACUUACACUUUUCUGACCCCUCUGUUGUUUCUUUGUAUUUUUCAUACUCUUUCCCAGCACUAAAUGACCAUUAAUGUGUCCAUGUUUCUCUUCUCUUUACUCAAACUCAAUAUCUCUCUUUGAUCAGAGUGCUAUAUCAGUAAUAAAGCUCCUACCUGAGGACCUCUCAAAA